UAAACCCAUUCUAAAAGCACUUUAAUCAUAAAGACCAUAUAUAAGAACAAAAAGCGAAGCUCUUUCUUAUUUUUGGCUCCCGCUGCCAUCUUCUUUUAUUUCGAUUGUUGCUAUCUACUUACUGCUUUUACACUAACCAUGCAAGAAAAAACAAGAAUGCAGAAGAAGAGAUCAUCUGUGGUUGGUCGUAGAGCUUGGAACAUUCUUCGCGUGGCCUUGUUAUGGGCAAGAAAAGGUGGCAUUUUCAAGAACAGACACCUUACGGCCGAUCUCCGUUUGCUUCCCAAAUAUAUUAAAAGUCUCCGACAUAGCAACGACUAUGGGUACGGUAGUGCACUACAUUAUGGGGAGCGUGAGCUUUCCUUUGAUGACACCCCUAUCAUUCAUGUUAAGAUGCAUCGUCCUGCUUCCUUGCGUUUCAAGAUGCCUAACAUCCCCUGUAUCAAACCUCAAGUCGAUUUUGACUUUGACUUUGAAAAUGAUCGUGAAGAUCAUGAAAUGUACAAUGGUAAUGAUGAUAAUGUUCCUAGGGAAAGUUUCUUCAAGUGUACGGAUGAUGAAAAUGAAGAGGAUGCAUAUGCAAGCUGCGAGGUCUCUGAGGAGAUUAGUUGUCCCGGUGAUGAAGCUAUUGAUAUGAAGGCUGAGGAAUUUAUUGCAAAAUUCUAUGAACAAAUAAAGCUGCAAAGACAAAUAUCAUUUUUACAAUACCAUGAGACGAAGCUCGCUAACUAAAUUAAAGGUGCAAAUUCAUGACAGAGACUUGCAGGCGCUUUCCGCUCACCAAUUUUCAUUAAUUCUUUUUGGAUGUCAUUAUUCUUGUUUCAAUUUCAUACUGGCUAGUAGUAUUCUUUCUGUAUAGGAUGCGUUACAUUCCGGAUUAUUUGUACAUAGAAGAGGUAUUCAGUGUUUACUCCACACUGCAAAAUGAGAGCUCAAACUUCUUUUAUCUAAAAUAAUUCUGCAUCAAAAUGUGUACACUUCUUGAACCGGUAAAACAAAUGUACGUUGACGAGAAAUAAAGGAAUGAGAUUAGAUUUUUCUUAUGAGAACUAAA